AUGUCCCGUCUCAACAUCCCGCUCGACGCCCUCACCUCGAGAAUGAACUUCUCCGGCCGCUUCGAGGGCCUGCGCUCGCAGUCGGUCUCCUCGAGGUUUGCCAACCUAAAACCCGUCUCCGAGUUCUUCGACAUCAAGCGCAUCUCGAAGCCCGCCACCUUUGCCGAAGCCCAGAGCCGGGUCAACUACAACUUGGGCUACUUCUCCAGCAACUACGCCGUAGUCCUCGUCAUGCUAGUCAUCUACAGCCUGCUCACGAACAAGACGCUACUUUUCGUCAUCGCCCUCACUAUCGGCGGCAUGUACGGUAUUGGCAAGCUCGGGGGCAACGAUCUCGAGAUUGGCACCUUCCGCGCUACCACCUCCCAGCUCUAUACUGCCCUGCUGGUGGUCUGUGUUCCGCUCGGCAUUUAUGCCUCGCCAUUUGCCACCUUUCUGUGGCUCAUUGGUGCCAGCGGCGUCACGAUUCUGGGCCAUGCUGCUUUCAUGGACAAGCCAAUCGAGUCAGCUUUUUCCGAGGAGGCGGUCUAG